UAAGACAAGUAAGAUGGCGGCGAUUAAUGUGAAAGGCGAAACGUUGUCGUUUUUCUGCUUGUAAAUAAGAGUAAUAGCAUUUUUAAUAGAAUUUACGUAUUAAAUAAAGAGAGCCGACUUUGAUUCAUAGUGCAGUAAAUACGUGAAGGUUUGUGAUAUAUUUAUGACGAUAAAAGUGGUUCUUCGUUUCACAAUAGACAAAACCCGUCGUCACGAGCACUAGAAGAGUCGAGGCCAUAUUUAUGAUGUUAUCUGUAUUGUGAGCGUCCUGUGAAACCACAUUGAUAUAAUAAAUUUCAAAACUAAAGAAAUGGAGUGCAAUCCAUGAAGAUAAAUUUGAAACUUAAAAUAUGAAUACAUGUGCUUCAGUGUAGUGAUAUUUGAAAUAUAAAACAUUUCUAUUGAAAGACUAUGGAUGAAAGUGUGGACUUGUAUUGAAAUAUUAAAUUAAAACAAUACUAACAACACGGAGGUGGUAAUGGAUCCAGUAGGACCAUGGUCAGCAUAUGCUUCUUACAAUCGGCUAGCUGGUGUUCAGGCUGGUGCGGCAAGUGGAGAUUUUCAUCACCACCUGGCAAGCAGUGGUACGGGCCUAGGCAGUCAAUCAGUGCCUUCAACCACGAGCCAAUUGUUACUUCAAGCAGCUCACACCACUGCAUCUCUUGCAGGACAAUUAGGUUCAUCAACUGCAUCACCAUUUAAUCCUGGUGGCUUCCUGUCUCCCCCAGCCGUUAGUUAUGAUGCAGUGUUUUCACCAUUAUUUCAUCAUGCAAACCCUAAGCCGGCCCACUAUAGUUCUUCUCUUCAACACCGGCAAGUCAUAGCACAAGCCCAAGCUGCAGUGGCAUCUAAACAAUCUUCUGUAGAAUCUGAACUUUCUUCAUUAAGAGAAAAUUACUCUCAUCAAGCAAUUGCUGCACAAGGAACCUCAUUUUUUGACCAGCCUUCGACACCAGGCAGUACUGCAGGCUUAAGUUGGCAAGGCAAUAAUCAACUGCCAAGCCCUUUUGGAAUUCUGCCCCAUGAAAGUGUAGUGCCCUCGUCACCAAGUCCAGCAACGACAAAAGCAGGAGCUACAUAUGAUAAUUUUAAUGCUCAUUUUGCAGCUGCUCAAACUCUAAAUAACCACAUUAAUUCUCAAAUUGCCAAUGCUGGACAGAAACCAGCGAACAGAUCGGGAUCUCCAGCAACAGCAUCAAAACAGCCAGUUUCUUCAACAUCAUCAACAUUUUAUCAAUCCCCAUCCACUUAUGGAAAUCAAAGUGAAAACUCAUAUAGUACAAGCAGUUCAAAAAGUGGAAUUUCAUCACAACAGGAUUAUGCGGGAAGUAAGUCUUAUUCAAGUUCUGCAAGUUCCACUGCUCAUUCUCAGCAGUCUUGUAUUGUGUCAACUCCAACAGUAACUUCAUCCCCAACCCCUCCCAGUAAAGACUAUAGAUCCUCAUCCUCUAAUUCAAGCAGACCCUCUGCAUCUAUUUAUCAUUCUCAAUCACCGAAAAGUGCCAGUAGUGAAAAGCCUUCAAGACCAUCAAAUACUAGUAGUGGGUUUGUAUCACCUACAUCUAAGCCACCUCAGGUUCAGACUAAAGCUCAAAGCAAAGUUUACCCUGAACUCAGCAGUGAACAAAGAAAAAGUUGUGAUUCAAUUGAUAAAUUGCAGCCACAGUCAUCUCCAAUCAGUUAUUCCAUUAUGGAUGCACCUGGGCGGCUAAGUUUUAAUAAUGGUAAUGGUAGUUCUAAGUCAAGUAGAAUAGGUAACUCCCCAUAUUCUUCCUCACAGAAUUCAAGUUUUAGGCAUUAUCAAAGUGGAAAUAAUGUUGAAACUGAAUAUCAUGUUAGAGCCAAAAGCAGUUCAAGUACUGAUACUGGAUAUUCUAGUAGUAGUUCUCAAAAUGGACCUGAUUGUAGUAUAGGUGCUAAAAGACAAAGUCCUUUACAAGCAGCACCACAAACAUCCCCAUUAGGCCAUAGGUCUAGUCCUGCAUACCCAGUAUAUCACAGCCCUAUGAAUUCUAUAAAUUCACCUCAACAACAUUCAGAACAUUAUAGUAAAGUUAGUAACCCUGCACCCCGUUCACCACUAGAUGCAUCUAUUUCAAGACCCCCAUCCCAAAAUAGUCAAGUAGCCUACCCUUCAGUCAUUACUAGAGCGUUAGGUAUUGAACAAAAUAAGUCGUACAGUGAAAGCCGUUAUGAACGUAAUCAAAGCUCUACACCUAACUGUUGGGAGACUGACAGACAAAGAAAAUAUACCAGUAGUAGUAGUAGCAAUAAUACCAGUAAUUCAAUUAGUUAUAGUACAUUAUCCGAAAGUAAUACUCAUAAUGAAAAGUCAUCUCAAUCUCAAAAUUCUAGUGAUAGGUUAGGUAUAAGUGAAAAGCAUCAUUAUUUUGAUAGCAAUAACGUAGCUUUACAGGAUCUUUCCAGUUGUCGUGGUGAUCCAAUGAGUAUAGUUAAGAAUUUACAAAGUUUGCAACAAAGUUGUCAAGUACAAGAGUCUAAAACAAGUAAAAAUUCAACAACUGUGCCUAAUGCUAUCCCAGCACCUAAAGUUACCAGACGUAAGAGUACAGAAAAGCCUAUUUCACAUUCUAAUGAGCUCUCAAAUGCUGCAGUGAUGGCUGACUAUUUAGCUACUAGAAUACCACCCCCUGCACAUAGUUCUACAAGUAAUCAACAACAGAAUGGCAGCUUUUUUGAUUUCGAACGGUGGAAUCUCCCACCACCUCCCCCUAAAAUGUUUCCUGGCACAUCAGCUUUCGGUUCUCAAGCACCUCUACACGCCUCAAACUUUGCUAACCAACAUCAAGCCCUUGCAAUGCAGCAUGGCCAUGCAUUAACAUACUUCCCGCCCUUUCACUUAGGUCCGCAUCCUGAUUUCCAAUCCUCUGUGGAGUUAACACCAUUAUCGUCAUUUAGUGAAACUCCACCUUCGGCUUCCUCGUCAUCAUUUUCUACGCCUGAAACUCGUGAAGAGGAACAGCCUAAGGUGGUAGUACCCAAUAUAGAGGAAGAACUUGGUUUCCUUGCAGAACAACGAGCAAAUUCUUCGUCGACGGUAGCACCCUCUUCACAGCAGCAGAACCUAAACAGUACCUCGCAAGACACUACUUCAAAAAUUAUGGAAAAAAAAUUCAAUGUUCCUGUCACGGGCCCGGGUUCAGGCUUCAUGGCUUCUUAUUUAAAAUUCUUACAAGGAGAACGCGACACGUCUCCUCCACCGGCCGGCCGAGGCGCUAGAAAGUCUACUUGGUCGAGAACAAACACCAACAGCAAUACGGUCAAUAACAAGACAUACAAUCCGAACGAUGUCACAAAAAGCCAAUGCGAAGCGAAUUCAACACAGCAAAGUGCUAACGGCGCGAUGGCUCCGACGAACGCUUUAAACACAGGUAUGUCCCUAAGUAACCCUGUCAUGAGUUCAACGGCGAGUAUGAACGCGACAGGUCUGUUGGGUGCUAAUCAGUUACACGGGGCGCAAGCUAAUCUGCUAGGGUCGCAAGCGAAAGGCGUAGAAUUGGACGACCCGAGAUAUUACCAUUUAAAUAAAGAACGAAAAAGAAAGUACGACGGCACGGAAGAUUCCGCGUACGAGGCGGAAGAGGAGGCGCGAAGGCUGAACAAGCCCGUGCUGAACGUGCCGAGCACGCCGCUGAACGACAAGGCGAAGAAGGGGCGCGCGACGGCGAUGAACAAGCCCACGCCGUCAGCGGCGAUCGCGCCCCAGCCGGCCGCGCCCAAGAAGCCGCGCCCGCCCGCGCCGCCGCCCGUGGCCUCGCUGCAGGCAGCGCCCCAACAACAAUACUAUUACCAACACCAACCCGACGAAGUAGGUGCUCAUGCAGUCGGUUUAGGAUACGGAGUGUAUGGAUCGACGGACAAUGACGCUAACUCGAACAGGAAAUUGCAUAACAUUAAAUCCCAUCAGCAGAUUUCUAACACGGGUCAAAUCGACAAUACGCGACCGAUUGAAGAAAUGCCUUAUCAGUCUGGGGAGUUUGUUGCGUUAAAAAAUGAGCUCAAUGAAAUGUGGCCAGCGAUAUGGAGAGUAGAUGGUAAAACGUUAUUACAGAAAUACGAGCCUUUUGAAGAAAAUGGAAAAGUUUUAUAUAGAAACAUAUCGACGUAUACAGUGUGGAAUCCAGAAAACAAAAAACUAUAUACUCAAGUUCAAGUUAAAAUACGUUCUCAAACUCAUUUAGAAACAAUAGUUGAAUUAGUGAGAAGUGAAUUGCAGGGUGAUGACUGCCAUUUCAUAGAAAAAAGAAUGUUAGAGACCCAAAUGUAUCAGGAAAAUUUUGAAGUGUACAUUCAAACGUUAAUAUCGCAUGCCUUAGACCCGAAUUUCUUAACAGAAAUAUUUCAAGAACAGGACGAGUACUUCCUAUCGAACGUGAAAACGGUAGACGAGGUGACGGAGACGAUGCGUUCCCGCGUGUCGUGUAGCGCGGGUGGCAGCGGUGCCGCGGCGGGCGCGCGGGCACUGGACGCCGCCGUGGGCACGUGGCCGGGGCUCAGUGUGGCUGCGGGCGCGGGCGCGUGCAGGGCAUGUGCACGCCCCGCUGUCGCGAGACUGCUGCUGUAUGGCCAGCCGUACAACCCGGCCACGUUGGAACCCGUGCAGCCGGACGCGAGGCUCGCGUAUGAGAAGGAAUUCUUAGUUUGUUCUGCGUGUUGCGGUAGAGUACAAUUGUAUUCGAGGAUAUCACACCAGAAGUAUCUCAUGUACUCGGAGUGCAGUAAAAGGGUGGCGGAGAAACGGUUACAAAACCCUAAUAAAGAUACAACAGUUAUAUUAAAUGAGCUAUUAGCAGACGAGCCUUGGUUAUCUCAGUUAUUCCGUGACGUACGACAUUCCUGGGCGGAGGCGGAGUCAUGGGAGAGAAAAAUACGGCACGUGAUGUCAAGACAAAUGAUAUAACAUUAAUUAUAAUGUCGAAUCUGAAGUGUACUGUUCAAAAUACACUUUAUAUAUGGACAA